AUGAUUGCUUGGGCAAAAAAGGACAAGAAACCUUUUUAUGGUUUGGCUGUUGACAUCAAAAAAGCUUAUGACUCAUUACCGAGAAUUAUGCUUCGUGAUGGACUGCUAUUCUUAGGGAUUGAUGAAAUUACUGCUGAUGGAAUUCUGGAAAUAUUAGGUGAAUCUACGACAAAGUUUGUUAUACCUAAUGGUAAAUCUGAAUGUUUCAAUGUGAAAGAUGGAUUGAAACAAGGCGACACCUUCUCUCCCCUUGCAUUCAAAAUUGCGCUUGAGCCUCUCUUACAAUUUUUAGAAAUAACAUAUAAUGGUGCUAGUGUUGCAAAUUAUUGGAACAUUAGUACAGGCGCAUGGAUUGAUGAUUUGAACUCAUUUUCCAACGAACUACCUGAAAUUGAAAAUUCUUUGCAUGACAUUGAAACCUAUCUUCAUGGCUAUCACAUGGAAUUAGAUCAUUCCAAAACUAACCUCUUCUCUGAUAAGGAAUGUAGUAUCAAGACAUUAUCUGGAAGUACGAUCAAAAGUAAUGAUUCUAUUAUUAUACUUGGUAAUAAUAUUACCAAUAAUACUGAGGAACAAAAGAAAUACACUACUUCAAUUAUUGAAGAAGUUAAAAGAAGAACUAACUCUAUUGGCUGGAAUUUUCCAAUACAGAACAUUGUCAAAAUUAUCAACACAGACAUUGUUCCGUAUGCACUGUACCACCUAAUUCCUCUUGCUAAUGACCAUCUAGAGAAACAAAUUGAUAAAUUCUUUCGCAACUUUAUAUGUGAAAGAUUAAGAACCAAGAGAAAAUUAGCUCUCGAGUGGUUUUAUACUCAUCAAGACAAAGGUGGGCUUGGAUUAAUUUCUGUUCAAGAAAUGAGUUACUCGGACCUAAUGUGUAAAGUCAGAAAGUUCCUUGAACAAUAUGAUAUUUGUCUUGGAUCUUCUACAAGAUUCCUUUGUGAACGAAUCAAACAGGAGCAUGGUUUUGACAUCCUCAAUGAUCCAAUCCCUACUUGGUAUAAACCAGACCCAUGGAUUCCUCAAUAUCUCAAGAGAAUAAUUUUCAUGAACAAAUCUUCCAAUAUUAGAUUGUGGCAUUCGAGCGACCAAUGGCAUGAAAAAACUCUCAUCCCUUAUGGAAAAUUCCCUAAAGGUUUAAGACAAUUUCUGCUCUAUAAAGAUUGGAACAGAUUAAGUAUGUGGGUUCCUGACCCUAAAAAUUUACAAGUGAAAUUACAUAAUGACAUCAAACAUUCCAAUCAUGUCACCCAAAUUCGCAACAUUCUCAAUAGCAUGGAUUUUGGAAAAAUCAAAGACGAAAGCAAAUACUACAAAUAUGUUGGUAACAACACAUCCAUGUCAAACCUCUUGAACAAAGCUACACUAAUUGGUACUGACGGAUCGUGUAACAAUAAUAUUGCUGCAUACGGUAUUGUAACUGAUCAGAAUGUUUCCAUCUCAAGUCACACCUUAGGACAAGGAACUUCCUACAACAGUGAAGUUCAAGCGCUCCACACAGUUGUUAGAUUGCUAGAUAACAACACUCCUAGAACAAUAGUCAUAGAUGCGAAAAGUAUUUAUGACCAACUUUUCCAAUUCAGAAAAUCUAGAGAUCCUUAUGUUGAAGAAAUUCGUAAUUAUUUAAAAGUGAAGGAUCAGAUCAAAAUUAUGCAUGUUAAUAGUCAUACAGGUAAACAAGAUAUCUAUAGCCUCAUAAAUGAAUUAGCAGAUAGGGCUGAUAAGAAAGGUGCUGAUUGUAACAAUAUUCUUACUAAUAUUCCAUCCAAUAAUUGGUAUAUUAUUAUCAACAAUGUAUUAUACACUCAAAACACUAGACAAGCAAUGUACAAACUUCUAUUUCAACGCCUCCACAAAAGAACAUAUACGCCAAAGAACCUUCCUCCCAAGAACAGAAAGUUCACCAACAUUUACCCCUCAAUAGGAAUCGGUUUCAGAACCUUAAAUCUAAUAUUUAAAAUUAGAGUGAACGUGAUGAAGACUUUGGAAAAUUUAAACAAGAUAUCCAAGACGAACUUGCUAUGUCCUUGCUGUAGUAGAGAGACAAUGCAACACAUUAUUUUUGAAUGUAAAUACUAUAGUGAUAUAAGAAAAGAAAUGUUUAGGAAUUUAUAUAAUAUCUCAAUAUAUGCAAAGAAUAACAAGAAAUUCUCCAAACGACUAUUGUACCUCAUCAAGACUAAACAAGAUAUCCAUAGCCUAACAGGUGCUAAAGUUGGAUUGGGUAAGAAAUGGGACAAAGUAUUUACUAAGGAAGCUUAUCGAUCUAUUACUAAAAUGUGGAUGAAACGAAAUCAUUUUUUCAUGGAAGAAUUGAAACUCACCUGGAAUGAAUUUGAACAACAAUACGAUUUUAAUCCCAAUUUCAUUGAUUUGAACAAGUUUAAACUAUACAUGAAAUACCCACGACCAUGA